GCCUGUUAUUAGCAGAUUGUGUCGUAAUGUUAUCAAAUACAUGUCGCCUCUUGUGCUUCCUUCUGUUGGCGCACGCGAAUUGUCUCGAAAAUCCGAGCGUCAUAAUAAUCGGAGCCGGAGCAGCCGGAAUAGCCGCAGCGACCCGGCUGUACAAACACGGCGUGAGGAAUGUGACGGUCUUGGAAGCCGAAGGUAGAAUCGGUGGACGAAUUUAUAGUGUGCGACUCGGUGAUUCGUACAUCGACCUAGGGGCGCAAUGGUGCCAUGGUGAGCAGGAUAAUGUGGUUUACUCGCUUGUCAAGGACUUGAAGAUUUUGAAGCGCGACGAUCAGGCAGCGGAACUGUAUCAUUCCCGCCUCGAGGCCGUCGACCAGGCGUUCGCUAAAAGUCUGGCCGAAAUAAUUGACGUGAACGGUUUAGAAGACAACAUCCAGCCCAAUCUGACUGUGGGGGAAUACUUGACAAACAUUUACCAGAAGGCGGUAUUGGCAACGUGGCAAAGUGGUUCCGAGCGAAAGUUGGCGGAGGAAUGCCUGGAGGUAUUUCACAUGCAGAUACUGGCCGAAAAUGGAGCUCCCUCCUGGUUUAACAUAUCGGUUGACGAUGACUAUGAGGUGUGUUCAGGACACCAGCAGCUUAGCUGGGGUACUUUGGGCUACAAUACCAUCAUCGAGGUUCUGCUUCGAACAGUUCCCGAUUCCAGAAUGACUGACAGGAUCCUUUUGGAUAAAGAAGUAAUUGCAGUCAACUGUAGUGAUAUCAGUUGCGUGGUGACCUGUUCCGAUGGCACUCACUACACUGGUGAUCAUGUAAUCUUCACCAGCUCCCUCGGUGUACUAAAGAGCAAUCGCGUGCACUUCACACCAGAACUCCCCAGUGAGAAAGCAAUCGCAAUUCGAUCUUUGGGAUUCGGAGUGGUUGGCAAAAUUUUCCUGUAUUACUCUAACAGGUGGUGGGGCGAAGGUUUUUCCGGCGCCGCUUUCGUCUGGGACAAAGAUGAGAUAGCGAAAUCAGCGGAAAUGCACCCAGAAGGACCGAAAAAGGGAGGAAGGUCAUGGAUCACUGGUGUUUUGGAAGUCAUCCCGGUCCUUGGUAUCCCCAACAUCCUAUCGGUCUGGUGCGUCGGCGAAUUUGUUCCCGAAAUUGAAAACGCCUCCAACGAGACAAUUAUCAAUGGAGUUAUGUACCUACUGAGGACGUUCUUAAGGAACGACUACCCCAAUGUAACAGCCCCGGAUGCAAUCUUGAGGCACAAUUGGUACUCUGAUCCUCACUUCCUCGGCACUUACUCAUUUACUACCGUUGAGUCUCGACGUUUGCGCGAAUCUCAACGGGCGGUUUUAUCUAAGCCGGUCCUGUCGCGGAAUGGCAGCCCCGCGCUCCUCUUCGCUGGCGAAGCUACAAGCUCUACUCACUACGCGACCGUUCAUGGUGCGAUAGACAGUGGUUUUAGGGAGGCCGAUCGAUUGGCGAUGCACUACAGAUUGACUGCCUAAUAAAACAUAAUGUCCUUCUGCACAUGAAACAAUAGCUGUUUGUAACAAAAAAAAAUACUGGCGCGCUUAA